AUGCUCUGUGUGGGUAUUUUUGUGGGAUUGGUGUUAGAAUCCUGGUCUUUACCUGUGCAGAACUCUUCAUUGGUUCAUCAAGCCAGGCUGAGGUCAAAAAGAGAGUACUCAGAGCAAUACGUGGACCCAGAAGAGAUGAAUGCCAUGGACAGGAUCCUGAGAGCAAAUCAGCGUAUAGGGUUUCCAUUAAGAGAGGGAGACAUACUUAGUCCAGGAUCCCGCAGUGCCAUUACCUGUCUAGGAGAUUCCUGCCGCUGGCCCAAAGCUGUGGACGGAUUUGUGUAUGUACCAUACAUCAUGUCCACAUUAUAUGAUGAUAUGGACAGAAUCACGAUAGAAACAGGGAUGUUGGACAUUUCCUCUGCAACCUGUGUGAAAUUUGUGCCUCGCACACAUCAAGCAAACUUCCUCAAUAUUCAGUCUAGAUAUGGCUGCUGGUCAUAUUUGGGAAUGACAGGAGGCAGUCAGACGGUCUCUUUGCAGUCUCCAGGUUGCAUGUGGUCAGGAGUGGCUUCCCAUGAGCUCAUGCACGCUCUGGGCUUUGUACACGAACAGUCCCGCUCUGACCGUGACCGCUACGUUUCCAUCCUGUGGGAAAACAUCAUAGAGAAUCAAAGACACAACUUUAGGAAGUAUGAGACCAACAACCUCAAUACCGCAUAUGACUACAGUUCUGUCAUGCAUUACGGCAGGUAUGCCUUCUCAGAGGACGGGGGGCCCACCAUCAUCCCUAAACCAGACCCUUACAUUCCCAUUGGCCAGAGAGACGGGCCGAGUAUUCUGGACAUUCACAAAAUAAACAUCUUGUAUAACUGUGGUGGCCUUGUGUGA